AUGACCUUGUUCAUUCAACCAGAUAAGGAAAAUAACCAUCAAACCAAAUUACCAUUCCAGGGCUUUAUCCCUGUUACCUCUUGCUCCUAUUCAGACUUGGAAACAGCCUUCAGCAUUCAUCCGCCUGAAACCAAUUUUACGAAAUGGAAGCAUUCGACUAUCAACUUUUAUUCUCAACAAUUAGAUGUCCAGUCCUUGAUGAAGGACCAAGAGAUUAUUCUCCCAGAAUAUAAAUCUCAAGGCCUGUUCUGGUGGAGAUCUAUGCUGACUUUUUAUGUAAUCCGACCGAAUUACCAGACCAGGGAGUGGCUCCGUCAGCAUGGUAAUACAGCAGCCCAAACAGCAAUAACAACCAUGCUGAGGUCUCGGGAAUGUAUCUCGAUCCAUGUACGACACUCAGAUAAAGGAAACGAGGUAGAUCUGCUACCUUUAAAGGCUUACAUGACCAAGGCAAAUGAGAUUCGAAAUAUGACCGGAAUCUUGAACAUCUAUCUGAUGACGGAUGAUCAACUUGUUGUCAAUGAAGCGAGACAAGAGUAUGGACGCAAUAGCACCGAAAGGGAAGGUGGCUUUGAGAUUCAUGUCCAAGAGAUGAUGCGAUCAAAUGCUGGAUGGAAAGACGAUAUCAAGAAAGGACGAGUGAGCCCACAAGAAUCACUAAAGCAGUUUUUGAUCGAUUUGUUUUCAGCAGUACAAUGUCGCUAUAGCAUCGUAACAUAUUCAAGUAAUGUAGGCAGAUUGGUUGGAGAAAUCAAGUACGCGAUGAAUAAUCAGGAUCCGAAGACCACAGUGUUCUCUCUCGACUACGAAUGGACUAUGUAUCCAUAG